CUGGUGGCACUGACUGGCAGCACUGCUGGGCUGCACUGGUGGGUGGCACUGGUGGGCAGCACUGGUGGGUGGGCACAGGUGGGUGGCACUGGUGGUCACAGGUGGGUCACUGGUGGGCACAGGUGGGUGGGCACAGGUGGGUGGCACUGCUGGGCACAGGUAGGUGGCACUUCUGGGCACAGGUGUGUGACACUGCAGAGUGGCACAGGUGGGUGCACUGCUGGGCACAGGUGGGUGCACUGCUGGGCACAGGUGGGCGGAGCUAGUGGGCGCACUGCUGGGCACAGGUGGGCGGAACUUGUGGGUGGCACUGCUGGGCACCGAUCAUCAGGGCACUGAUCAUUAGUGCCCUGAUAAUCGGUGCCAAUCCUCGCUCUGACAACUGCCGGUUCUCGGCAGUACUUUCCUCACGAUCUGACAGCGUGAGGAAACGUGUCAUUGGACACCGCUGAUCAC